AUGUGUCAAGACCACGCUCAACUAGAUAGCAAUGUGAUAUGCCAGCACAUAUUCCCCAUGGUGCAUGCUGAUGCGACUAUUUGUGUAAAGGUAUUGCAAGGAUUGGUAGAGUCAGCGUACGGGUACAAGGUGUCUUACAAGAAGGUUUGGCACGCGAAGCAGAAGGCAAUCGCAAGGAUCUAUGGUGAUUGGGACGAGUCGUAUGACCAGCUGCGCAGAUACUUCAAUGCGCUGCAAGCUUUCGUCCCAGGGACAAUUGUUGACCUCCAAACGGUUCCAUACUAUGUCGGAAACACGCUUGACCGUGAAAGUGUCAUGUUUCACCAGGUCUUCUGGUCGUUCUCUUCGUGUGUUCAAGCGUUUAGGCAUUGUAAGCCGCUGCUGUCAGUCGACGGAACACACCUGUACGGUAAGUACGCUGGCACCCUUCUCAUGGGCAUAGCACAGGAUGAAAACAACAACAUUCUGCCCGUCGCUUUCGCCCUCGUAGAAAGAGAGAACACAGAUUCAUGGUACUUCUUCCUGACUAAUUUGAGGAGACAUGUAGCGACUAGGCCAGGAGUUCUUCUUAUCUCCGACAGGCAUGCUGCAAUAAAGGCCGCGUUGGAGCGUGAAGGAUGUGGUUGGGAUCACAAUGCUUACUGUGUACGACAUAUUGCCUCGAACUUCGCAACAAGUUUCAAGAGUAAGGAAGCCAAAAGACACCUGGUUAAUGCCGCUUAUUCGAAGACCCAAGAGCAGGCGCAGUACUAUCUUGAGUUAAUUAGCAGCGAGGAUCCCAUAGCAUCACCGCAGAUGAUGAGUUGGAUACGAGGGUUAGAGCCACCUAAAUGGCUGCAGCACCUUGAUGAGGGCCGACGAUAUGGUCACAUGACGACCAAUCUUUCUGAGUGUAUCAACUCCGUCCUGAAGGGCACUAGAAAUCUACCAGUCUGUGCAAUUGUCAAGUCUACAUACCAUCGCCUAAAUGAGUUAUUCGUCGUGAAGGGUCGGCAAGCACAAGCGCAGAUUGCAAGCGGUCAGGUGUUCUCACAGUUCCUGCAGAAAGCCAUAUUAGCGAACCGUGAGGGAAUUUCUCAGAUGUUAGUGACGUCGUACGAUAGAGCCACAACCGUAUUCACAGUCGACGAGAUAGCUGCUGCAGGGGUGCAGUCUCGGUUUAGGGUUAACCUUCAGUUUCGUAGAUGUGACUGUGGUUACUUCCAGGCGUUACACUACCCAUGUGCUCAUGCUCUAGCCGCUUGCGCCUAUGCGAGACUCGAGUGA